UGAAUCAGCCUGAGUCAGUCGGCGUUGACGGCGGCGAAGAGUAAGAGGUGUUUAUGUGUCUGAGAAUAAGCCGGUGCGAUAAAAAAACGUCGAGCCUCGGUGUCGGUUGCGUGUGUCGCCGGUGAAUGAAGCGGGCUAAUUGUUACGUGCGAUGGCCGCGUGUUACAGCGAGCAGGCGGCAUCCGUCUCGGGGAACGUAACGAAAAAGCCCGCACCUGCGGGUGCCGCGAAGCCGAUCUGCUGGCAGCACCGGCUGUUCGGUAAACAACUGUCGCGGUGCAGCCAGGUUAAUCAUCAGCAGGACACGAAGCCGUGCGACGCCGGCGGCUCGCUGGUCGACGAGGACGGCCGGCCGAUUUGUGAAGUGAUCGGUGUGUAUUUCAGUUUCAUUAAUCCCGGUGCUACGUGCGACGACUUCACGCGUCAGCUGCUCGAACUCUAUGCGAGUGUCAACGGCGGCGGGCCGCAGCAGCAGCAUACCGAGAACAACGACCGGGACGCCGAGAACCCUGGAAAAGAGAGAGAAAGACGGAAAAGGUUCGAGAUCGUGCACGUGGUACUGUGGAGUAACGUCGCGGACGUCCUCGACUUCGAGGAGAGCUUCCACGCACAUGUCUCCGAACUGCCCUGGCUAGCUGUGCCCAACUUAGACUACGAAAGAAAGACCAGGUUGACUCGGAGGUACCGGAUAAAGGCCGGUGUACCGACUCUAAUUUUAUUGGACGGCACAAAUGGCUCGGUGGUGACCCGAGGGGGUGUUGAACGGACCAUUGGCGACCCAACCGGAGCUGAAUUCCCUUGGAAACCUCCGCAUCCGAAGGCAGCUCUCGAGGAUGGUCCUUUAUUACCAUGCGGAGCUCGCGACUCCAACGAGCCCAUGUUGCACGAAGAAUUGCGACAUUGCUUCAAGGGUGUCUACUUUAGCGCACACUGGUGCCCCCCUUGCAAGGCAUUCACUCCACAACUCGUGGACACGUAUCAGCGAAUUCGGGAGAGGGGCCACGAUUUCGAAGUGAUCUUCGUGAGUUCGGAUAGGAGUGAAGAGUCUUAUAACGUUUAUAUUGAAUCGAUGCCUUGGUUGAGGAUACCUUUUAGUCAGGAGGAAAGACGACGAAAAUUAGCGAGAGCCCUCGACGUACAAGCAAUACCAACUUUAGUGAUACUCGAUCCCCGGGAUAAUAUUAUAACUUUAGAUGGUCGGGCGGAAUUGAUUGAGGAUCCUGAAGGACUGAAUUUUCCAUGGACCAGUCGUUUGGUAAAUAUCUUAACAGAGAAAUAUGCAACUUCGUUGCACGACGCACCAGCUAUCAUACUUUUUGUAGAAGGUGAUGACUGCGAGAUACAAUUCGCGGAGGGCGUGCUCCUGCCUGCUGCACAAGCGUACAGGAAAGACAGACCUGACUAUGAUCCAAAUUAUGAUGAUCCAGAUGAUAUUUUGCAAUUUUACGUAGCGUUAGAUGGUGAAACGUCGGACAUCCUUCGGGAAUUCGUGGGACUAGACGAUGCUGUGCCUCUUCUAACGGCGAUCGACAUACCUCGAGGAGUUUACGUCGUGAUGGAGGACGGCGCCGAAAUCACCGUGGAUUCUGUACAACAAUUCAUAGACGGGUUCCGUAACGACAAAUUGCCUAUAAACAAAAUCACCACGGUCCACAAAACUGACAAAACCGACCACGUUUCUACUUGAAUCCGUGACGAAUCGACGGAUGAAAAGUUUUAUACAAAUUAUAUUGAAAAUCAUACGUGAAAGAAGGAGCAGUUAGGUUCUUACGUGGUCAUUAUACAACCACCGAAUAAAGAAACCCCAAGUCCUCUCUUCUCAAUCCUAUCUCUGUGAUACCAUUGCUCCUUUGAGUAGGAAGGAUAUCCCGCGCAGAAAUUGCGCCCUGUAUUCGUACACCCCUUGUGGACGUAACCAAAAGACAUGUAUUAUAUAUAUAUCAUAGUCAAUAAAAAUUGAGCGAAUUGUAUUUUCAAGUGUACACAUGCGCACGGAUAUGUUUAAUAUAUUGUAAUGUAUUAUUUAAUGAUCGCCAAAACGGGCACACGUGUCGGGCGUGUAGUACGGGAUACAGAAAUGCUCGUCCAUCCUGUUCCACCGUACAGGCAAAUAAGAAUGGUCGUCGAUUCUCGUAGAAUCUCGUGUCUUAAGGUUUAACAGAACUUUUGCAGAGUGAAGAAUAAACGGAUACGAAAAAUCGAACAGCUUUAUUCGUGAUCUUUCUUUCGUUUUAUUUUCUACGUUCAGUUAUUUUUAUAUAAAAAGUAUAUCUAUAUGGUCACAUUUCUUUACAUUACACGCAUAUUAUACCGAUAAUCGAUUCACUCGCGUGGUUUACGUUUUCAUAGGUACAGUUUUUCGUUUAUCGAGUAUAGUUUAAUUCUGUCUCGCAUUCUCUUGAUGUGUGCUAUUCCUCUUCUUUCUUUUUUUAACGCAAUCGGUAUUUUCAAUUAGGCGUUCCGUAUGAAAACAAAAAUGUUCUACGAUAUACGUUGCAAUAAACUGUACUUUAUACACAUAUCUACAGUAUGAUUAAAGCUACGUGUCAUUAGAGUUAAAAUGAAUAUUACUAAGUCGAGUUUUAUGAAUGAGUUCCGGCAUGUCACGAAAAAUAAAGCACAUUGAAGCAAUCCCGUCGCCGUAUUUUUUAAAAAGUCAUAACUGCCGCUAUCUAUACUAGUUUUAUCUACAAAAUAAAUAAUAACCGAAGAAUUCUUAUUUUCAUACGUCAAUUAAAUCAUAAAAAAUUUUACGCUAGGAGAGCUGCCAAAGCGUCCAUAAAUUUUGGUCUUUCUUCCAUUUUCAGUCUUAGUACUGAAACAAACAGAGACGUUCUCUUCAAUAAUCGAAAGCAUUAUUAAAAACAAAAAUCGUGAAAUUCUCGAACAAUACUUACUUGUAGUAUCAAAGUAGUCUGCUUCUAUAUAACAAUUUGUAUUUUUAGCUGCUUGCUCGAAGGCUCUUCCGAAUAGACUGUAAUAAAUGAACAUUAUUGUAAUUAAAUGAAAUAUAUUUACGAUUCAA